ACACGGCGCUAAAAGUAGGGCGCAGCUUGACGCCGGGCGGUACCGAGGGCUUUCGUAAAAUACAACUAAGGAAUACAGGCAACAUGUUCUACACACAUGUGCUUAUGAGUAAGCGAGGGCCAUUGGCCAAAAUAUGGCUUGCAGCUCACUGGGAGAAGAAACUCACAAAGGCCCAUGUAUUUGAAUGUAACCUAGAGAGAACCAUUGAAAAAAUUCUUUCACCUAAGGUGAAAAUUGCACUUCGAACUUCAGGACACCUUCUUCUGGGAGUUGUUCGAAUCUAUAACAGGAAGGCAAAAUAUCUUUUGGCAGAUUGCAGCGAAGCAUUUCUUAAAAUGAAGAUGACAUUUCGCCCAGGACUAGUUGACCUUCCAAAAGAGAAUUUUGAAGCAGCUUACAGUGCUAUCACAUUGCCAGAAGAAUUUCAUGAUUUUGACACCCAGAAUGUGAAUGCUGUUGAUGUUUCAGAGCAUUUUACUCAGAACCAAAGUAAACCAGAAGAAAUCACACUUAGAGAAGAGUAUGGCAAUGAUCUACUUUUCCAAGCUGGCAGCUUUGGGGAGGAAUCUGAAGUUCUCAGAAGACAUAGCUUCUUUGACGACAAUGUAUUACUGAAUUCCAGUGGUCUUUUAGUUGAACAUAGUUCUGGAAGCCUCAAUGGAGAAAAAUCUCUGUUCUAUGACAGUGGAGAUGGAUUUGGAGAUGAAGGGGCUGCAGGAGAAAUGAUUGACAAUUUAUUGCAAGAGGAUCGAAAUAUCCUGUUAGAAGACAUGCCUUCAGACAAAGAAAUUUUCCUGCCUCCUGAGCCUCCCGAUAAUACAGUGGAACUGGAUAAUUCAGAGUGUAUAUGUCUACCUGAUAAUGAAAAAAUGUAUAAAACCACAUUAUUACCAAAUGAAGAAGAAGGAUUUACCCUUGACCCAAUUCAUGUCUCAGACAUUGCUGAAAAAAGGAAAGGCAAAAGGAGGAAAUUGCUUAUAGACCCAGUCAAGGAGAUCAGUAGUAAAACUAUGCAUAAACAGCUUACUUCUUUUACCGACACACUCAUGGUUUUGGAACUUGCACCUCCUACCCAAAGACUGAUGAUGUGGAAGAAGAGAGGAGGAGUAGAUACACUUUUGUCAACUGCUACUCAGGAUUUGAUUCAUGCUAAACUAAAAAGGUUGUUUACAAAAUGCUUUCUGUCCUCUGGCUUUAAACUUGGAAGAAAAUUGAUACAGAAGGAGGCAGUAAGGGAAGAAGUGGGAGGCCAAAACAUAGUAGAGACCUCCGUGAUGGAAGAGCCGAAUUCCCAGCAAGAGUUAAGUCAAACAAAAACUUGGAAGGAUGUGAUUGAUGGAUCUAAGUGUAGCUCUCAAGAAGAUACCAAUAAAAAUACUAACUCUGAGCAGGAUAUUGUUGAAAUGGUUUCUUCUGCUGCUGAGGAAUCCUCUUUAAAGAAUGCCUUCUUGACGCAAGAAAUUGAAAAUUGUCCGGUUGAAAUGGAAUCAUUGAGGAAUGAACAAAAUAUUGAGGCAGAGAGAUGGAAUCGAAGAAUUCUUCAGCUGUUAAAUAGCUUACGGGAAUCCAAUAAGAUGGGAAUGCAGUCCUUUAGUCUGAUGAAGCUCUGCAGAAAUAGUGACCGAAAACGAACAGCUGCCAAAUUUUAUAGCUUUCUUGUCCUAAAAAAACAGCGGGCUAUUGAGCUGAGCCAGGAUGCUCCAUAUUCAGAUAUUAUAGCCACGGUGGGACCAAUGUUCCAUAAAAUGUGAAGGAAAUGCAGAACAUUCAGGGUUAUGUCAUCACUGGAAUUUCUG